UAAUAUUUUAAAAUCAAAGGUUGCAUCUGUUAACAUUAGUUAAUGCACAUCAUUGGCAAACAAUGGGUCACUUCCGCAAUCUUUAGUUUUUGUUUCGUUUAACUUACAAAGUGCGCUUUUGUUUGCGCCUGCUGAUUGAUGGAAGUUGGACUGGACGAGAUCUUGAUUUUGCAGCGAUACAAAUGAGUGCGUGUAGAUGAUCUCGAGGCAUGGAUCUAACGAAAAGAACUCUCAACAUCUUUAUCAAGUGCGCUUGUCUAGUUUUAUUGGUGAGCCUAGGCAUCAUCUCCCACUUGGCUUUUAUUUGUCAAUUCAGGUUAGGCUACCUAUACAGUCCUAUCUGUGUCCAACUGUACGAUAUUGUGGAUGCUAUGUCCGUAGUAUAGUUACAAAACCGCGCUUAGUUUUUGUGUUGGGGACAUUUGCUGACAAAGGGUAUGCACGUGACAACGUUUUUGUUUUAAUGUCUGCUUUUCCUCUCCACUUUGUCCAGCUGUUCGGGAUUUGGAUGUGUCUGGGUGGAGUAUUCUUGCUGCUUAAAUACAGAUAUACGGGUGUGUUUUUUAGCAGUUUCUAUAUAGAUCUGCCUGUUCUGUUGGCUGUUAUUAGUGGAGUUCUCCUCUUCAUCGGUGGAAGCCUUGGCUGUGUGCUGUCACGCAUCGACUCCCCAUGUUUACAAGCUCUGUUUGUGUAUUUCCUCAUUGUUGUGUGUUGUGCUAUGAGUACUGCUUCGGCAUUGGCUUACUUUCAUACAGGCAAGCUUGAUGUAGACUUGGCUCCUCUCAAAGAUGUGUUUCAAAACUAUAGUGGUGACAGCCAAGAUCCUGAUACCCGGGCAGUGAAUGCCCUACAAAGUGAGCUGAAAUGUUGUGGUGUUACAAACUACACGGACUGGAUGGAUACACCCUGGUUUAAUCACAGUGGGAAAUAUGAGGUUCCUCCUAGCUGCUGCAAUAAAACCUUUCACAUCUGCAAUGGGACAAUAUACUCACCCAAACUUCUCUAUAAUGAGGGAUGUCAGAGUAAAUUUAAGGAUAAAUUACAUCUGGUCCUGGUGGUCAUUAUGUUAGCAUCUUUUGGGGUUAUCUUAACACUGAUAUUUUCUGCAAUAAGUGUGGGACAUCUAAUGAAACAUAACCCCCCACAGGAAUAUCAAAUCCUUGACCAGCAAUAAAUUAUUGAGAUAAAAUGAAAAUGUAAUUCUCUUUUCUUCUAAAUGCUACAUCAUUCUUAGAUGUAUUGUACUGUGCGUAUGCGCCAGUGGGUGUGUGUGUGUGUACAGGUUUUAUAUUUGUGAGGGCCAAAUGUAAUCAGUAAUACAGUGAAUUAUCAUUACAACCUACAUUUACUGGUCCUCACUAAAUAAAAAGGCUCAUAAUUCGUUCAAAUAUAAAAUUUAAGUUCUGUAUACAUUUCAUCAAAUCCUUGUAACUUUAUUGUAAAACUUGUAAACUUGUUAACUUUAUUUACUUUGCACAAUAAAACAAUAAACUUUUAGUUA